AUGGAAAACGCUGCAGCAGCAACCACAACUAGCGACAUUAGCAACCUACAAAUCGUAUCCAACAAAAGAAAACUGAUUCUCCAUGUAGAUGUUAGAAACACCAUAAUCGUGGCCGACUCAGUGACCAAAAUAAACGUCGAGCAAGCCCUAAACAGCUACCUAACCGGAGUACUUUGGGGACGAGAAUCCCAAGGUAAGUGGGAAUGGGUUAGUACCGAGCCUAGUCUGACUCGGCCGGAACCGAAUACUAUCAGCUACUACAAACAUUUAGAGAAAAGUCUGGUUAGUAAGCCAGAAGAUAGAGGGCGUUUGAGAAUGGAGACGGGCGAUUUUACGACGGAAGAUAUCGGGGUCAAGUUCAGAGAGUAUUACGAGAAACAUCUGGAACUGUUGAAAUGGCGACUUAAUGAUGAGAACGUUCCAGGAAAGAUCAACAACUGCAUGUGUAAAAAGAAACGUUUAAAUCUUAACGGUAUAGCCAACAACAACGAAAUUAACAGUAAAAACAACAACAGCAGCAACGAUGACAAAGGUUUUGGGAUCCAGGGCAACAGUUACAAAGACAUUUCCUUGCGCUCUAAUCCGAUGAUCAUGAACGUUGUUAAAAGCGAUCGGAUCGACGAAUACCACUACAUUCUACCUUCAUUUGUCAAACUUAUUAGUUACCUACUGGAAAACAACAGAAAUUUUUCUAUUAUAAUCCGAACGUACGGACAGGACGCGCCAAAUGUUUUGUCCAGUAUUCGCUACAUUUGUCGCCGCGGCAAACACCCAAAUUUUCCGCGAAGAUCUAAAAUUGCAGUCAACACGACGCCUGGUCAUUUGACGAGAAGUGAUAGUCAACCGUUUUUCAAAUUAUCUCACUUCGUAAAAUUAAAACGAACGAAUUCAACAAAGCAAGUAUCAAAAAGCAUCACUAUUCCAUCUAAACUACGUUGUGAUUCUAGUUCAAAUCAUUGUAAAAAGAUUUUCGAUUUUAAAUAUUAUAAAUAUUUUGCGAAGAAACUCGAGCACUACAAAAAACAUUGCCUACAUCACGACACAAAGUUGAAGCUUCGACAUCUUGUGAUAAAAAACGAAAACGACAUUUCACAAUUUUUUAAUAACUCUCGCGGCAUCAGUGGCUACGUCGACGAUUUUAUUUACUGGCAAAAGAAUGGCUACAACAGCCACACAGGUAAACCUUUGUGGCUGAUCUUGCCGGGUCUCAAAACAUACGACGAAUUUUUUGGAAAUUUCAAAGAUAUUCAUACAUCUACUAAUAUUUCGUCCGGUAACAACGACACUUCUUGCCAAGCCAAAAACGCAAACAAUAUUUUAGCAGGUAGUCAAUCAACUAAAACCGCAAAUCGUCACCUAAACUCAGUAGAAACCCAUCAUCACAUAUUUUUUGACGAUAACAUCAGAGUAGAUGACGAAGACAACAUUGUAGAUAUCAGAUUAUUGGAUAAGCAAACCAAAAAAUGGCGAAGUUUAACAACGGAAGAAAUAAAAUUUUGUGAAAAUAUCUUUCUAGUUCAAGCGAGCUUGAUGGAAAGCAUUGAGAAUGAAAAUUAUUUCAUCGACAACGUCAACAUGUGCGAGAGGAAUCUUGAAAAUAUACUCCAAUUACAGCAACAAUUGUGA